UCUCCACGCCAAAUUACCAGAGACUCCGCCGCAUAUAUAAACCGAACCCAAUUCCCACGACCGAACGGAACCGGGCACCGCCAUCACCGCCGCCACCGCCGCCGCAAUCCCGAUUCCCACACACGCCUCUCUCCUUCAACCCCAAUCGAAAGCACCGCCGAAACGAGUCCACUAGUGGUGCUCGCCCUUGAUCUGGCUGCGGUGGCUGGACCGCCCCCUGCUGCCGCCUAACCACACCUCAGAGCUCGCAGAAGAAUCUUUAAUGGCGUCGGAGUCGCAUCGCCGACCAUAGGAGCCUGAGGUGCCGAGGCGACCGCUUGUCACUUCGUGGACAGGCUGCUCGUCUUUUCGCGGCGCAUUGUGUUGUCUUGAUAUAUGCACUCGGCGCCGGAGAUGAAUGACCGAGCUCGGAGGCCGGCGGCGGCGGCGGCGCACGGCGCGAAGGCCGCCCCGAAGAGUGACAGAGUGAGGGAGAAGGAUCCGAGGAAGGCCACGAUGCCGGUGAAGGAAUCGGCCAACGCGGCCACCAGGGGCGUCAGGAACAGAGUUCAGUCGAGGAGAGAGUGGAAGCUUGCGCUGCAACAAGAUGUCGAAAAGCUGAAGAAGAAGCUGCGUCACGAGGAGAACGUCCACCGAGCUCUAGAGAGGGCGUUCACGCGGCCGCUCGGAGCUCUGCCUCGCCUGCCGCCGUAUCUACCGUCUCAGACGCUAGCUCUCCUCGCGGAGGUGGCGGUGCUGGAAGAGGAGGUCGUCCGGCUGGAGGAGCAGGUGGUCAAUUUCCGGCAAGGGAUCUAUCAGGAGGCGAUCAUCUUCUCCUCCGCCAAGAACACACACGUCCCCGGCGGCGAGGGUCCCGUGCCGGCGCAGCUCAUGCCGUCGGGCCCGGUGCCGAACUCAGAGGUCUCUCCGUCCGCACGCCAAGGUUCAGACCAUCCUCCCGCUCGUCCGUCAAUGAACAACGGAGUCGGGAGUGGGAAGCAAACAGCAAGAAAGCCCGUCCCUUCUUCGCCGAGCCAAGACGACCGCUCCGGCGAAGGGAAAGAGAACCAGUCGUGCAGCAACACGUCGGGCAAAAACUGCCGGCAGACGCCAUUGCAGCAGAAGGCGCCUAAGUCCAGGGCGCCAACCGCAGUGGCACCUGACAAACGCAGGGCUACUCCUGCUCAGACAACGAGUGCAGCGCCUGACCGUAAAAGACCUGCAGAAGCUGCCGGCAGCAACCCUGACAAAGCGUCCCAGGUCGACUCGACCGUGCCGAACAAACUGUCGGAGGAGCUGCUGAGGUGCCUGCUGACCAUCUUCUCGCAGAUGGGCUCGGCAGCCGGUGGCCAAGGAGACGAGGAGCAGCAGGCACCGUCCCCUUCGGUCUCAGGCUCCAGCGAGAGCUUGGAGGACGCGUACCCGCAAGACCCCUACGGCAUCCUUGAGCUGGGCGCAAGGGACAUCGGCCCGUACAAGCGGUUCCAUGUGGUCGACGCCGCUUCGUUCGAUCGGAACGCGCUGGCCGGUGACACGCUUCUUUCCCGGAGAUUGAAGGCCUUGCUGCGAAGGUUGUCGUCGGUUGACCUGGCGGGGCUCUCGCACCAGCAGAAGCUGGCGUUCUGGAUCAACAGCUACAAUUCCUGCAUGAUGAACGCGUUCCUGGAGCAAGGGAUACCAACUAGCCCCCAUAUGCUUGUGGCCAUGAUGCCAAAGGCGGCAAUAAACGUUGGUGGGAGCACGCACAGCGCCAUGUCCAUCGAGCAUUUCAUCCUGAGGUUGCCCUACAGCGUGAAGCAGGAGAAUCCGGAAGGAACGAAGGGCGACGACGUGACGGCGCGAGGAGCUUUCGGGCUGGAGUGGCCUGAGCCCCUGGUCACCUUCGCGCUGUCCUGCGGGAGCUGGUCCUCCCCUGCCGUGAGGGUGUACACGGCGGCCCGCGUCGAGGAGGAGCUGGAGGCGGCGAAGAGGGACUACCUGCAGGCCGCCGUGGCUGUGUCGACGCCGGGAAACCUCGCGGUCCCGAAGCUCCUGCAUUGGUACCUGCUCGAUUUCGCCAAGGACGUGGACUCCCUCAUGGACUGGGUCUGCCUGCAGCUGCCGACCGAGCUGCGGCAGAAGGCGAUGCGGAUCGUGGAGGACGGCAGGCGGGCGGGCGCCGAACCGCGGCGCAUCCAGGUCCUGCCGUACGAGUUCAGGUUCAGGUACCUGCUGGCCUCAUGAAGCACGCUGUCACGACUAGGAGGUGUUUUGUAGUUUGUACACAGGUUUGCAAUAAAGGCUAGAUUGUUGUGAUGCAAUUUGGCCUUUGUAAAGUGUCACACUCGAUUUUCAGAGAACAAAUCAGAUGUAUUCUAUAUGUAUGUCAGGAUUAAGUUUUCAUACACGUGGUGAUUUUAUAAUUGA